AUGCACCUUUGGCUCUCAGAAGUUGCUUGGUGCACCCAACGCGGCUUAUUCGAAGCGACAGCCGGAGAGUGUGACGAGCUGGAUACAACGUCAUGUGAAAUGGCACAAAUGGUGACUGCAUUGAUGAAGACAAUUGUAAGUGAUCUCGCCGGUAAGCUAUGGACACGAAGCUAA